AUGAACCAACAAAAUAUAUCCACCGAAUCACUUGAUUCUACUACGACUUGCAAGAACAGAUCUCCCACAAAAAGAAGAGAUUCAAAUUAUAGUCAGUCUCAAAAGGAAAGAUGGGAGGAAACUGCAAACGCAAAAUUGAUAAACAAAGCAAGAACCCCUGAGUCUUCUAUACCUACACCUAGGCAAAUAGAGAAAUGGGAAACAGCUGCUAUUAAUAAAUCUUCCAAUAUUUUCAGCCCAACUAAUUCAUCUCAUAGUAGUUCGAGCUUUGUUUUAAAUCAAAUUAAUCAUGCUCAACACAAAGAAAACAACGCAGUUAUCAACAUGAGAAAGCUGCUUGGUCCAAAAGGGUUCAAAUCAGUUUCUUUCCAAUCUCCUGAAAGGGUAAGUUCUACUUUGAGUUCAGCUCUUCUUGUAAAUGUGGCUGAACUUUCUGUCAGCGACCAGAACUCACCUCAGCGAAGUUUGGAUAGAAUUGCUUCUUCAUCCUUACAUUCUAGUCAAUCAAUGGAAGAACCGAUUUUGGACAAUCAUUUGUCAAGUAAUAUUAAAAAGAAAAGCCAAUUGGAUACCAUUUUGGAAACAUCCUUCGAACCUGCAGAUUCCUCAUCCUCCUCAAUUUAUCCUACGAUAAUAUCGGAUGACACUGAACAACAACAAUCAACCGGAAUUGAGGAUCUGCAUAUAACUAAAAUAUGUCAAGUGUUCGAAAUAGAUCCCAGGAGUGCUAAAGAUGAUGAAACGUUUUGGGAAAUUAUAGCCAAUAUAGCAUCCAACUUAAAGGAGUCUCUCGUAUUGGCCGAAUCAAGAGUACCUUCCCCCGGUUGUUCAGAAGAACUAGAAGAUAAAAGAUUGGAAAUUUCAGAAUUGAAAAAUCAAAUUACAAUGCUUAGAAACCAAUAUGAUGAAUCGUGUCGGAUAGCUGAGCUGAAGGAUUCUGAAUUUGAAGAAUUGGUAAACAGAUUUAAACAGAAGGAAGAUGAAUUACACGAGUCCAGAAAGAUAUCUGAAAAUAUGGAAGGAAAAUUAGAGGAGUCACGAAUGCUAUCAAAACAAAUUGCAGAAGAGUUGGUUGAAGCCAACAAGCGGAACCAGCAAUUAUCCCAGGAAGUACAUCAAGUACAUGUAGAAGUGACUAUGGCAAAACAAUUAACCGAGGAACUAUCUCAAGUACAUCAGGAAGUGGAUAUGGCAAAACAAACUUUUGAGCAUUAUGAGAAAUUCUACAACUCAGCACGACAUAUGAACCGCUGCCUAAUUAAAGAGCUCGCUGAUACCGUGGAAGUAUUAGAUGCCGAACAUACCUUAUUUGUCAAGGAUCGAGAUGAAAACCAUCAGUCUAUAAUAAAACUUGAAAAUGACCUUUAUGCAUCCAAAGAAAUACAAGAAAGUCUUAAAGAGAAAUAUGACCAGGCAGCCAAGAAACUCACAGCUACUUCUGGACAAUUAACGGAAUCCAAAAAGUUAAUCGAAGCAAUGACGAAAUCAGCAAGACAAGUAGAGGAACAAUUAGCACGACAACAGAAAAUCUGUGCUAAUAAGGAUGCUAAAAUUAAUAGUUUUCAGAAGGCACUAACAAAUGUAAAAAGCAAACAGACGAAACAGUUGCAAUCCUUGGAGAAUCAAUUAGAUGAGCUUAUUGAGGCCAAGAAUAAAGAAAUUACAUGGCUUAAACUAAUAAACAAGGAAUUAAUAAUGGCAAUUAGAGCCAACGGAGGAGAAUCUGGUGAUAUUGAUGCUGAUUGUAACGAUGGACUUAGUAUUGCAGGAUUGGGAGAUGUACCUGAUGAAAGUGCACAUAUUGUUAUAGAGAAUAAUCUUUUAAAAAUAAUCCGAGAAAGAACGCAUUAUUUGUAUUCGAAUAAUAUGUUACUUUUUGCAUUUGAAAGCGUAUUAAGGGUUAACUGUGGGUGCAUGGAUAUGGUUUCGGAAACGGAAACAGUUUCCUAUUUUAAUUUACUAGUGGAGGAAUUUAAGCAAAGGAAAGUUUUCCUUGAAUCUGACGCAGAAGUGUUGAAGAAAGUCGUUGCUAUUCACACUGUGUUCUUGACAAGAUUAAGUGAAAAAUAUACCGCUUAUGUUAUCAAAUAUGGAGAUCUUGAUGAAUAG